GGGCGGCUCUGGGAGCCGAGGGCGGUGGGAGUAAUUUGGAGCUGGGUUUGGGCACGGAGGGGCCGGGGCGGAGGCUGCCGGGGCAGCCGGCGCGGGGAGCGCGGUGGGGUCUGGAGGCUGUUUUGGGAGGACGAGGCUUCCCGUGGGGAUCCCACGGUCCCUGUCUGGUGUAGCCUCUUCUCACGGUGGAUCCUGGCACGGAAAACCCCCAGUGCUGGAUCCAGCUGAGCCGCUGGUACCGCGGCUACGUGAUGCCGGCAGAGUCAGCAUCCUCCCGGCGCGGCGCGGCACGGGGGGCUGUGGGUCCCCCUGCCCUGGACCUGUGCCCCCCCAGCCUGUCGAGGAGAUGCCAUCCCCCAGUGUGGACCCCCCAGGCCCGCUCGGGGGUCGGCACCACGCGUUGCACCGUGUUUUCCCGGCACGAUUUCCUCCUCUGGCGUCGGUGACGGGAGCGGGGGCGGAGAUGGGGGAGCCUGGGGGAGACACAAAUGUGCGACUGCAGCAUCCUCACUCCCAUGGCUGCAUCCCUCGCGCCUCCUCACGGUUGCCUUGGCAACCUCCUAUCGAUGGGGUAUUUAUAGAGGAUGGGAAGCCGGAGGGGGGGACCGGGAAUGGGUGGGCGUCUGCUGGGUCAGCCUCCAGCUUCAGGCUUCUCUCAGCCUGCGUGGCUGUGUGGGGGCGGGAGGGAUGCUGCUCCCCUUGGCGUCAGCGUGUGUGGUGCUCCAGCUUUUCCUGCUCGCAGGAGCCGGGGGAGGUGGUUGAGGAAUUUGCACGUGGAAAUAAAAAUAAGUGUCUGGGAUGUGUGCCCUUCUCACCGGCAUCGCUCGUGCUUCUGGGCUUGUGUGGACCUGCCUUAUUGUUUGCACUUGGAAUAAACCACCCCUGAGCUCUGACGCUGGGAGCGUUGACACAGAUGCCUGGAAAAAACUGAAAGACUGUAAAUUAAAUGAAACUAUGUUAAAUUUGUGGCCUGAUGAAUGAUGUGGGUUAUGGAGCUGGGGAUCCCGACAGAUCCGGUCUUGAAUAUCCUCAUUUCUGUGUCUCUGUCCUCCUGUCCAUCAUAGAGGGGGAAUGCCCAUGACAGCGAGCGCUUGUGUGGGAACUGUGGCAUGUUCUCUGUGCUGUCCCUUCUUUUAUCCUGGGGGUUUGGGUCUCUUUUUAAAAACCGAUGACAAUAAAAGCGGGUCAGGGGGUCCCUGCUUAGAGCUGACACAUCCUGCCGGGGAAUGCAUGAAUCCAGGGGUCUGUGGGGGAAUCCAUGGAUCUGGAGGGCAGUGGGAGAAUACAUGAAUCUGGAGGCCUCUCACAUCCUCCAGGAGGGCUCACAGAAGCAGGGCUGGGCUGGGGGGCAUAGGAGGCAGCAGACCCCUCCUGUGCAGUCCUGAUGCUCUCCUGCUUUCUCUCAUUCUUGCUUCAACUCCAAUCUGAGCUUUGCAAACUGUUGGGAGGAAACUGCUUUCUCCCUCUGGAGACAGGUCCAGGCUUGCUUGCCCUCUUGCCACUUAUGGUGUAGGAACCUUGGAAACCACGGGGAACCUGAUGUUGGCAGAGAGAGGUGCUCCAUUUACUGGAAGGUGGCUGUUGUGACGUGUGGUGCUCCUGCUGUGAUGGUGUGUGGCACCAGCCCUUCUGUGUGUCUGAGUACCUGACUUUUAUGUGGGAGGAGAGCUGUGUUUCCAGCCCUGCUGACCCCGUGGAUGGCUCUGUGCUGUCCCUGGCCUCACUCCUGCUGAGCGGACCCAAGGGCUUUUGGAAUAACUGAGUAUCUGAAGUCCUGGACCUGAGACCAACAUGUGGUUUAGUUCCUGCUGUUUCUAACUGUGUUUGCUCCUUCAUCCACAAUAGAUCACUGUAGAAGCUGUCUCCUGACAGAGUGGUGGCUUUGCCACAGCAAGAUGUCACAUGAAGUAGGCAGGAGCCCCCCGUGGCCGAGUGAGGCAGCAUGGCAAUGUUCUUGGGGGCCAGGAAUGCCCACUCGGUCCUGAAACGCUUUCCCAGAGCCAAUGGCUUCCUGGAGGAGAUCCGUCAGGGCACCAUCGAGCGGGAGUGCAUCGAGGAGGUCUGCAGCUAUGAGGAGGUCAAGGAGGUGUUUGAGAACAAGGAGAAGACGAUGGAGUUUUGGAAGGGCUACACCAACUCCGUCUACUCUGUCAAGGACCCUGGGCACAGCACGGAGCGCUCUGACGCCAUGUAUGUGGUGGUGCCCCUGCUGGGAGUGGCCCUUCUGAUAGUCAUCGCCCUCUUCAUCAUCUGGAGGUGCCAGCUUCAAAAGGCCACCCGCCACCGCCCUUCCUACGCCCAGAACCGGUACCUGGCCAGCCGGACGGGACGCAGCCUGCCCAGGGUCAUGGUGUACCGGGAGCGCUCCCAGAGCCAGGGGGAAACCCAGUACCAGCGGGAAGCCAGCAACCGGGGGGCUGGAGACGGCAGAGCUGGGGGCACCCCCCCCCAGCAAGACAACACCCUCUGCCUGCCAGAGCACUCGGUCUCCAUCCUCUCCAGACUGUCCAGUGCCACCCCCCCGCCUUCCUACGAGGAGGUGACGGGCCACCCGGAGAGCAGCAGUGGGGAGGAGACCAGCGUCUCCUACAAUGACCCGCCGCCCAAGUACGAAGAGAUCGUGGCCACUGCCCCUGCCACGGGCAAAUAGCGGGUCUGCCUCCCUCCUGCCUCUUCACACACUCACACCCACCCACCCGCCCUCCCUUCGCCGUGCCUGGGACCCCUCCUGGUGUCCGUCGGGCCCCCGCCUCACCUGUACAAGCUGGUGCCAUCACACAAUAGCCUUACCCUCCUAACCAAAAAUAGCUGUCCCCAGGUGGGGUGAGGCCGGGCUGUGGGGGUGGCUCUGGAGCCAGCCAGCCAUCUCCUGCCCCUCACUCCCCACUCACGUAAGUGCUGUAGCAGCCAGAGCCGAGCAGCAGCUUGUUCCUGGCUCAACGCGGGGGUCUCCCCAUGGUGCAUUUGAUUCCUUCACUUCCCCCUCGAGUAGACAUAACAUUUCCCAUGAUUAGAACAGCCUCGCUGCCUCCCUGGGCUGCUGCCCAGCCUCGCCCCACGUCCCCACUGGGCCCUGUUCUGCUCAGGGCUCUGAUUAGGAGUUGGGGAUGCAGGAUUGGUGUGGCAAACCUCUGUCCAUCCUCACAGUUGGUGUCCACGCUCUCUGUUUGGGGAGAUGGUUCUUCCCCGUGUGGAUUUGUUGCCAAGUGGGAGUGGGGAGCCCAGUCCAUACUCUGGUGCCUGUAGCAAUAUUUGCUGUCUGGAGAUCAGGGAGGAGCAGUAAGGAAGGUGUUCUCCUAGAUCCCUUUGAAAAGGGGGAAAGGCUCACGGUGGUCUUGUACCUGAGGUAAGUGGCUUUGGAGCAGCAGAGUCUUUUCCUGAUGCUCUCUGCUUUCCCCCUCUGGGUUGCUGGGCAGCUGGAGGUCUGGCUGUGGCAGAGCUGGCCAAGAGGGUCAUCUCUGAUUCCAAGCCAAACAUGGUCCCAUGGCUUUAAGUGGUGAGGAUGCUCCUUUCUCCUGGAGCGUGGCCUGCCUGGUGUCUGCCCCAGAGGUGGGAUUCUGGCACAGGGAGCCUGCAGACAGGCCAAACCUCCCCUCUCCCUACCCCAAUCCGCCCUGCCUGACCCCUCUUUUUGGGGUUCUUUCUCCUUCAGAUCAGGUAAAGGGUAAUGUGAGUACCCCCUCUCCUGGCUCCUCUGGUGGGCAGAGUGCUCGGUGGCCAGGGCUGUGGAUGGGGGGCUUGCUGACAGGGAUGGGAGCCAUGAGACCAUGCCUCAACCUGGCCAUGCCAGGCGGGAGCAGGGCCAAGCCCUGCCUGGGUGAUUGUGGAGCCAGGGCAAGGCAGAGCCGGGUGCUUUGCUGUGGGACCAGAGUAUCCCUUUUUGCUGGGCAGCUGCCUUUGGGGUCCAAACAACGGGGCUGUCCUUUCCCAGUCAUGUCUGAUGGAUUAAAAUGGGAGUUGUGCUCACCAACUCCCCAGAAACUUCCAGCACUGCCACCACUCGGUGUUCACCCCAGCACCAGUCUCUCCACCAGCACCAAAAGGUUAUUGUCCAUCCAUUGCAGGUGGCCUGCAUACUGCUCGGUCCCAGUGAUGCUCUCGCAGCAGGUGCCCUCAGCCCAGAGCUGAGACUUGCCCAGCAUGGCUUUCCUGGGGCAGGACAUGCUGGCACCUUGUCUGUCCGCUCCCCAGCCUUAGCAAAUCAAGGUUAUGGGGAGACCAGAGCCUGGAAAAGACCGGAGGGAGACAGCAGGGCUCUCUGCAUCCUCUGUCUUUGAUGCUCAGUCAUUAUCCCUGCAGUUUGUACUCUGUAAAACUUGGUAUAUUUCUGUGCAAAAAAAAAAGGUAUUUAUUAAAAAACCCUCACUGUAUAA